AUGGGCCCACACCUUCGCGGUGUCGUGCAUGCGAUGCAGAGCCCACCCUUCCUCGCCUUCCUCGAAGCGCUCACUGGGAUCAGCCCGCUCAUCGUGGACCCGACCCUCUUUGGUGCCGGGCUGCACCAGAUCCUGAGAAACGGCUCUCUUCAGAUCCACGCCGACUUCAACUCGCACCGACAGCUGCGGCUUGAGCGCCGCGUCAACGUCUUCCUCUUCCUGAACCACGACUGGGACGAUGCGUGGGGCGGGGAGCUCGAGCUGUGGAACCGGCCGAUGACCCAGUGUGAGGCCCGGAUCGCGCCUGUGCGCAACCGGCUCGUUGUCUUCUCAUCGACGGACUAUAGCUAUCACGGCCACGCGGACCCGCUCGCAUGCCCGCCGCACCGGAGCCGGCGCUCGAUCGCGAUGUACUACUACACCAGGGAUCGGCCGCAGUGGGAGAUG